CGAUAAUCGAUAUUAAUAUUCUUAUUAAUUUAAAGUAAACUCACGUGAUAUAACUUGAAUAUAAGUGAAACCGGCAAAUAUCAAGACAUUGUAAAUUUAUUAUUUAAAUUGAAAAUUAAAAUAGACAAUUUAAAUAUGGAUGCCAUGGUUAUUAGAAAUAUGAAAGACUUUCAACUUUUGUUUAAUCAAAUGUCUGAAACAUGUUUUAAAACUUGUGUAAAUACAUUUAUGUCAAGAGAUAUAUCUACAGAAGAGGUUCAAUGUAUAGAAAAUUGUUCGGGCAAGCACAUUAAUGCAAAUCAUAAAAUAAUGGAAAUAUUUAUGGAUGUACAACGUACUAUCGCUUUAAAAAAUGUGGAAGAAUUUCAAAAAGCUCAGGCAGCAUUUGAAGUGGCUCAAAAAGAUCAAAAUUCAGAAAGUACUAGUGUGGCUUCCAGUGCAGUUUGAUUUCCAGAAAAAUAAGCAGAUACUGCAUUGUGAAAUAAUAAUAAUUGUUUGUGCAUUACCUUGAUCUGUAAUAAAAAUAAAAAAAUUUUAUAACAUA